UGUAUUCCGUUGGGAGACAUGAGAGAGGCCGGCUGGCGCGGUCUAGGACAGUGAAAGUAUUCCACAACGAGACUGUUCGUAGGAGCAGGCAGCAAUAUCUGCAUUCCCCAGGUGAGAGGUGCAUGUUUCAGUUCUGGGUCGCAAACCUACAGCCAAAACAUACAUACAAGGAUAUCCUAUCCAAGGAGCUGCCUUGUGAAGGCUGGGACCGGGACGAGCUACACAGAUGGGAAAGACAGGAGAAGAGGCAGGGGCAGACGCCAGCAUGGCAUCUAUCGCUGACUACUACGCUGGCAAGAAUGUGCUGAUCACUGGCGCCACGGGCUUCAUGGGCAAGGUGCUGGUGGAGAAACUGCUGCGGUCCUGUCCAGAGGUCCGAACCCUCUACCUCCUGGUCAGGCCCAAGGCUGGACAGUCCAUGCAGGAACGGGUCAGCGACAUGAUGAAGUGCAAGCUGUUUGACCGCGUCAGGGAGGACAACCCAGACUUCCACCAGAAGAUAGUUCCUAUCAGCAGUGAGUUGACACAGCCUGCCCUGGCCAUCAGUCCUGAGGACGUAGAGAGACUGACCUCCUGCGUCAACAUCAUCUUCCACUGUGCUGCCACCAUCCGCUUCGAUGAACCCCUCAAACACGCCCUGCAGCUGAAUGUGAUUGCGACGCAGCAGCUCCUGAGUCUGGCUCAGCAGAUGCACCACCUCCAGGCCUUCAUCCACAUCUCCACAGCCUACGCCAACUGCAACCGCAGGCACAUCGACGAGAUCAUCUACCCACCGCCUGUAGAACCCAAGAAGCUCAUCGACUCCCUGGAGUGGAUGGAGGACAGCAUUGUCCGUGACAUCACACCGCGCCUCAUCGGGGAGCGCCCCAACACCUACACCUACACCAAAGCCCUGGCAGAGUGCGUGGUUCAGAGGGAGAGCAGCAAGCUCAGCAUCGGCAUCAUCAGACCCUCCAUAGUGGGAGCCAGCUGGCAGGAGCCUUUCCCUGGCUGGAUCGACAACUUCAAUGGACCAAGCGGAGUCUUCAUCGCUGCGGGGAAGGGCAUCCUGCGCACCAUGAGAGCCAACAAUGAUGCGGUGGCGGACCUCAUCCCCGUGGACGUGGUCAUCAACCUGACCCUGGCCGCUGGCUGGUACACGGCAGUGCACAGACCCAAAGCAGCGCUGGUUUACAACUGCACAACGGGCGGCAUCAACCCUUUCCACUGGGGAGAGAUCGAGCACCAUGUGAUGUCCAGCUUCAAGAGGAACCCUCUGGAGCAGGCUUUCAGAAGGCCCAACGCCAACAUCACCUCCAACUACCUGAUGAACCAGUAUUGGAUCCUGGUCAGCCACAAGUUCCCUGCCCUCAUCUACGACCUCUACCUGAGACUGUCUGGACAGAAACCCCAGAUGAUGCGUAUCUUCAACCGGCUGCACAAGGCCAUCGGCCUGCUAGAGUACUUCAGCAGUCAGGACUGGGAGUGGAACUCCGAGAACAUGAGCAUGCUGAUGAGCCACCUCAGCCCUGAGGACAGGAAGACAUUCAACUUUGACGUGCGUCAGCUGAACUGGCCGGAAUACAUAGAGAACUACUGCAUCGGCACCAAGAAGUACGUUCUGAAUGAAGACAUGUCCGACAUCCCUGCAGCCAGGCAACACCUCAGGAAGCUGAGGAACAUCCGCUACACAUUCAACACUCUACUGCUGGUCUUCAUCUGGAGGGUGUUCAUCGCCCGCUCUCAGAUGGCUAGGAACAUCUGGUACUUUGUGGUCAGCCUCUGCUUCAAGUUCCUCUCCUACUUCAGGGCCUCCAGCACACUCACCAACUGAUGACCAACUGACCGUUGACCAGCUGAACGCCCUGCUCACCUCCUCAACCAGACCACACCCCUCAGACCUCCAGCGGCACACAACCCCACUCCUCAACCAGACCACAUCCCUCCAGCAGCACCCAACCCCACUCCUCAACCAGACCUCACCCCUCCAGCGGCACACAACCCCACUCCUCAACCAGACCACACCCCUCAGACCUCCAGCGGCACACAACCCCACUCCUCAACCAGACCACACCCCUCAGACCUCCAGCGGCACACAACCCCACUCCUCAACCAGACCACACCCCUCAGACCUCCAGUGGCACACAACCCCACUCCUCAACCAGACCACACCCCUCAGACCUCCAGCGGCACACAACCCCACUCCUCAACCAGACCACACCCCUCAGACCUCCAGCGGCACACAACCCCACUCCUCAACCAGACACUGUUCCUUCUGACCCUGUUGUACGUCAUACAGUAAAACCACUAUGUAAAAGUGUUAUUUCUUUUCUAACUACGGCUUUUCUUAAAGCGACAGAUUACAUGUGAAACAAUAAACCCAUUGUAUACUCUCCCCACGUUUUUGCUCAUAGUUUAUGUCCUCCCCAACCCAGACACAAUGUCAGAGGAUUUUUGUUGCAUACUUGAAAUACUGUAUGUCAGGCCUCCUCUCUUCUUCCAUGGGCAAAGUGUUUUUACCUUGUAUUGGUUUGUACUGACAGAAUAUUUGGGAACCUGUACUCUGUAGCGAGGCCAGCUAAGGAUAUCCGAGAGUAACUUCGGUGUUGAUCACAUUAAAGGCUUUAUUCAACCUGUAAAGUUGAAGCGUUACAGACUCUGUGAUAUAAAUUAAAAAGGUAAUUUCCAAUUGAGCCAACACAUGCAGCUUUUACCGUGAAUGCAGUCUGCAAAAGCAGGUACAUUCCCUUUGUUUCAAUCAUGCCGUAAAGCUGAACUUCUGUGAUGUGGAUUGAAUGGAGCCCUAAAUCUUGACCACUGGAGACUACUACUGUAGUACUACAAACAUCUGACCUGGUUGAUGACUACUGAAUAUUGACAUCGGUAUGAUUGACACAAUGCAUAAGACUCAUUCUUUGUUUUACCGUUUGUCCACUUUUUACCUGUUUUGUACAGCAGUUUAUUUUGAAACUAAGUUUACUAUUUUUUCAUCUUUAUAAAUAAUUGCGUCAAACUAAGGCUUUUCUUAUGUAAGUGGUACAGUGCAUUCGGAAAGUAUUCAGACCCCUUGACUUUUUCCAAAUGUUAAAAUUGACUAAAUACAUGUUUUUCCUCAAUCUACACACACUACCUCAAAAUGACAAAGCGAAAACAGGUUUAGACAUUUUUGCAAAUUCAUUAAAUAAAAAAACUAAUGCCCUAUUUACACAAGUAUUGACAUUUGCUAUGAGACUCGAAAUUUAGCUCAGGUGCAUCCUGUUUCCAUUGAUCAUCCUUGAGAUGUUUCUACAACUUGGAGUCCAUCUGUGGUAAAUUCAAUUGAUUGGACAUGAUUUGGAAAGGCACACACCUGUCUAAGGUCCCACAGCUGACAGUGCACGUCAGAGCAAAAAUCAAGCCAUGAGGUCAAAGGAAUUGUCCGUAGAGCUCCGAGACAGGAUUGUGUCGAGGCACAGAUCUGGGGAAGGGUACCAAAAGAUUUCUGCAGCAUUGAAGGUCCCGAAGAACACAGUGGCCUCCAUCAUAAAUGGAAGAAGUUUGGAACCACCGAAACUCUUCCUAGAGCUGGCCGCCCAGCAAUCAUCACAUCUGGAGGAAACCUGGCACCAUCCCUACAGUGAAGCAUGGUGGUGGCAGCAUUAUGCUGUGGGGAUGUUUUUCAGCGGCAGGGACUGGGAGACUAGUCAGGAUAGAAGGAAAGAUGAACGGAGCAAAGUACAGAGAUAUCCUUGAUGAAAAACCUGCUCCAGAGCGCUCAGGACAUCAGACUGGGACAAAGGUUCACCUUCCAACAGGACAACGACCCUUAGGACACAGCCAAGACAAUGCAGGAGUGGCUUAGGGACAAGUCUCUGAAUGUCCGUGGCCCAGCCAGAGCCCGGACUUGAACCAGAUCAAACAUCUCUGGAGAGACCUGAAAAUAGCUGCGCAGCGACGCUCCCCAUCCAACCUGACAGAGCUUGAGAGGAUCUGCAGAGAAGAAUGGGAGAAAUUCCCCAAAUACAGAUGUGCCAAGCUUGUAGCGUCACACCCAAGAAGACUCAAGGCUGUAAUCGCUGCCAAAGGUGCUUCAACAAAGUACUGACUAAAGGGUCUGACUAUUUAUGUAAAUGUGAUACUUCGCUAAAAUUUCUAAAAUCCCUGUUUUUGCUUUCUCAUUAUGGGGUAGUGUGUGUAGAUUGAGGGGGGGGGGACAAUUUUAGAAUAAGGCUGUAAUGUAACAAAGUGUGGAAAAAGUCAAGGGGUCUGAAUACUUUCCAAAUGCUCUGUAGAUGGUGACAGUAUCGUAUAUAAGUGUGGAAGAUGUGUAAAUAGUUGAAGUUCUAUAUUAUUUUUCUAGACUACCUAAAAGAGUAGUAUUCCUGAGGGUUGAUUCUGCAGGAGUCUGACUCUACCACAGAACUCCCCAGACUAGAUCUGUAAUGUUACUUGUGGCAGACAGCAGUAGUCCAAUUUUAUUCGUUGAUACAGCUAUAUACAGUAUCUAUGGUAGAAGUCUUGACUAAAUGUACCCCAAAUCCUCCCUCUGGAAAAACAUGUUUAUAUGUGAGCCAGUAAUGGUGUGCAACAAUGGUGACCGUCCUUUCCUAAAUUCAGUAAGGGACUAUGAACCAAAUGCACGCCAAAUACAGAAAAUGGCUUUUUCUGUACAAUGAAGUUGUACAAAAUGUCCUGCUUGUUACGGAUCUUGGCAUCUGUCAUGUUGAUAACAAAGCAGUGACUUUGUUAUGAUACAUAGUGGAAGCAGAGCACUGUGGGUAGAUCAGAGCUAACUGGGCAAUGUUCUGUAAACUGCAACACUUAUGACUGUUGAUUUUGUUUAAUUUUCCUUUUUCAAAUGUAAUUGGCAAAUGUUAAAUGACCCUCUAUUUCUGCUCUGAAAACACUGUUUGGCAAAACAUGAAUAAACCAAAAGACAAAUUG